GACUUUGCAGGUGACCCAACGGAUCUCGGGUUAACUAACAUUAUAUUAAAGCUUUGCAUUAAGCUACAAAAUGAUUCUCUUGUUAACUUCCCAGUAGCGAACUUAACGGUGUUAAGAGAGGCAUGUCUUCCACCUCUAUUAAUACUAUUACCUUCGAUUUAACAAACUUUCAGCAUUGUUGCCAGACAUUUUCGUCUGCUAAUCCGUUAAAUCGAAAGUUUAUUACAUUGAGAGUUGUCCCGCUCUAACAUUUGUUCAAUACGUAAGUACGGCUACAAAAAUUAUUGCAGUACUGUUAUUGUUAUGGAACGUGACUAGAAGCUAAGUUAGAAAAUUUCUAAAUAUUUAUGGAAAAUUCUUUGUUACUGGCGAUAAGAAAUUCUGUGAGUUUUUAUGGAAAUGAAUAUUCUAAGGGUGUUCGAUGGCAUAAAGAUGAGAAUCUCUCUCAAGUUACUGCAAGAAAUUUGUUUGAUUUAUUUUAAAGAUUCAAGAAUGAUUUUGUCAGGAACACAUGUCACUAUAUAGCUACAAUGUUGAUUAAAUUACUGUGGAAUAUUUCUCUGAAUCAGUAUUAACUUCAAAUAUUUUCUGUGAAGUUGAGAAAACAUUUACUGGAUGAAUUUGCGUGUUGAAUAUAGUUGGAAAAUUUACCAUGACUCCUGAAGUGUCUUCAGUGAAAUGUCUUUCAUAGCUGGAUAUUGAGAACUGGAACAAAUUAAGGGGUCUUUUACCUGAUGUCAUUGUCAAAUUGAUUCCUGGGAAAAGAUUCAGUCUGGGUUAAGAGUUCUUUAUGAGUUUUUUAUGGUUUAUAUACUUUAAGAAUAUAUUUCUUUGUUUAUUCAGAAUAUUUGUGGAACAAUUUCUUAUUUAUAAAUUACAAAGAAAAACUGGAACAUGUUUGUAUUGUUAUGUAUUUAAUGGAAAAAAAAUUAUGGAUGACAAACUGUGUGAAAGGCAAGUUUGUGAUGAAACACAACCUAGAGAUAACAAUGUCUUGCAGCAGACUCUGGAAGAGACAGGGAAAAGCUCAUAUCCUUGUAAUGUAUGUGGGAAGGUAUUUUCAAAGAAAAGAUAUUCAGUUCAGCAUAAAUUAGUUCAUACAGAGAAGAAGCAACACCACUGUGAUAUUUGUGGUAAAGCAUUCUUUUGUAAAAGUAAUUUAUCAAAUCAUAUUCGUAUUCACACAGGUGAGAAACCAUACACCUGCGAUAUCUGCGGUAAGACAUUCUCUCAAACUGGUCAUUUAGCAUGUCACAAACGUACUCACACAGGUGAGAAACCAUACUGCUGUGAUAUUUGUGGUAAAACAUUCUCUCUCAGACAUACUUUGCUUUACCAUAAAAGUGUUCAUACAGGAGAGAAACCAUUCCACUGUGAGUUUUGUGAUAAAGCAUUUCCUGAAAGUAGUGCCUUAUCUAAACACAAACGUAUUCACACAGGUGAAAAACCAUUCCAGUGUAAAACCUGUAACAAAGCGUUUUCUGCACGUAAUGCCUUAUCCCAGCAUGAAUAUAUUCAUGCAGUUGAGAAGCCAUUCCACUGUGAUAUCUGUGGAAAAACAUUCUCUCAGAGUAAUUCUUUACGUUAUCAUAAAAGUGUUCAUACAGGUGAGAAGCCAUUUUAUUGUGAGACCUGUGGUAAAUCAUUCUUUGAAAGAAGGCGAUUAUCUAACCAUAUUCGUACUCACACAGGUGAGAAGCCAUACUCUUGUAAUAGCUGUGGUAAAGCUUUCUCUCAGAGAACUUCUUUACAUUACCAUUUAAGUACUCAUACAGGUGAGAAACCAACCCACUGUGAAAUCAAUGGUGAAACUUACUCUCAGAAAACUUUGUUAAAUAAAGAUCAACAAAGUGAAACAGGUGGGAAAUCAUAUUCUUGUGAUAUCUGUGGUGAGACAUUCUCUCAAAUGGGCACUUUGUCUUGCCACAAACGUAUUCAUACUGGUGAAAAACCCUACGACUGUGAUAUCUGUGGUGAAAAAUUCUCGCAAUGCAGCAAUUUAUCUCGCCACAAACGUAUUCAUACAGGUGAGAAGCUACAUUCUUGUGAUAUUUGUGGUAAGACAUUCUCUCAAAUGGGCACUUUGUCUUGCCACAAACGUAUUCACACAGGUGAAAAACCCUACGACUGUGAUAUCUGUGGUGAAAAAUUCUCGCAACGUAGCAAUUUAUCUCGCCACAAACGUAUUCAUACAGGUGAGAAGCUACAUUCUUGUGAUAUCUGUGGUAAACAGUUUUCUGAAAGGACAUCCUUACUAUAUCAUGUAAGUAAUCAUACAGGAGAGAAGCCAUUCCACUGUGAUAUAUGUGAUAAAACUUUUUCGCAGAAUAGUUUGUUAAACAAACAUAAACGCCGACAUGCAGGUGAGAAAUCAUAUUCUUGUGAUAUCUGUGGUAAGGCAUUCUUUCAAAGAAGUGCUUUAUCUUGCCACAGACGUAUUCACACAGGAGAGAAACCAUACCACUGUGAUAUCUGUGGUAAAACAUUCUCUCAGACUGGUCAUUUAUCUUGCCAUAAACGCAUUCACACAGGUGAGAAACCAUACCAGUGUGAUAUCUGCAGUAAAGCAUUCUCUUUAAGUAGCCAUUUAAAUAGGCAUAAACAUAUUCAUACAGGUGAGAAACCAUAUUGCUGUGAUAUCUGUGGUGAGGCAUUCUCACAAAAUGCUGAUUUGUCUAAACAUGCAAAAAUUCACACCAGUGAGGGACUGUAGUAAUGAUACUAUGAUACAUGGUCAAAGGAUUUCUCUAAUUAUAUUGAUCACUAUGGUGAAAUGUUGCUUGAGUCAUUGAACAUUUCUUUUGGAACAAUCUGAAAAAGUUUAACUUAAAGCAUCUUGUGUUAUCCACAAAACAUCUACAUUUUUCUUUUUAAAUAAGUUCUGAUGCAGUUUAUACAUAUCUUACUCAUUUAAUCUUAAACAGGACUCAUAACCUCAAACGUUGGAUUUUUAUAUUGCCUGUUGAAUAAAUAUGUGUCUUAUAAUAUAUAUUUGUU